UCCCUUCCAACCCAAACCAUUUCAUGAAUCUAUGAAUUUCAAACCAAGUAAAGCUGUUGCAGAUGAUAAACAUCAAGAUGUUCUUCUUGGUACCACCCAGCUCUUUAGGAAGUGCUGAUUUACAGCAUAACCUGUGAGGAGGGUCCGACCGUCUCUUGCCAGGAGCUAGAGAGAGCUGGGGAAGGCGGGCUCGCUUACACAUAUUUUCAUGCUCUGUCUUUGUCAGCAUUGACGUGGGCUGUAACUUAGGCUGAGCCCUCUUAGGCUGGGGAGCAGAUGGCCUGGCUCUGAGCAGGCCCCCAACACGUUGCCUUGCGUGGCGUGUUGGCUGCAGGACACGUGCGGGAGCUGAAAGCCGGUUAGGGGCUCUGCAGUCUGGGGAUUACAGGCUGCUGGCGUAAGCAGCCACGCCACAACGUGUGAUACUCGUCAGAGCAGCUGAGCUGAGCUGGGCAAUGGUGCCUGUUACUCUGUCUGUGGGCUGGGAGCAGUUUGUUAGUCCUUUGCUGACAUAAGAAACAACCUUGAAUGCUGUUUCCUAUUAUAGACCAGGAGUUUGUGUUGAACAGGGAGCUUGAUCUUCCCUGGAUACAUCUGUCUGCGUGUUCUCUUUCUGUGGAGUGUUUAUCCUCAUUGCCCUAGGAACCAUUUCAUUCUAAAGGAAAAAAGAUAACUGGCUCAGGGAUGUCACACUGAGUAUUUCACAAGACCAAGUUCUGGCUAGUGCACUUUGGUCACAAAACCCCAAGUAAUGCUUGGACUAGAUGGAUCCCCAUAGGUCCCUUCCACCCCACACUGUGCUGGGAUUCUGUGAUUCUGUAAAUAGAUGGUUCUUAGAAGCUUAUCUGGCCUUAAAUUGUCUCUUUCAGCACCCCUCUAACACCAGUGUUUACCUGAUGCACCAGUUCCUUGUUUGGCUCUCAGGAAGCUGCUGUGGAGCUGGAGGGGAUGUCCUAGCCUCAGCUCUGACAACUUAGCAAUGUGUGUCUGCAUUCAUGAGCUCUGUGACUGUGGGUGCUCUCUGAGCUCACAGAGAACACCUGUGAGGUGUCAUCCUUGGAUUCUGUUUCUGCCUCUGUAACUGGAAAAAGUGCUCCAUCUUUCCCAGGCUUGGGAAAGAGAGUGUGUGAUGGGCAGCACAGGGAGAGGCAGGAGGAGGGAUGGGAGCAGUGGGGCAUGCACAAAGAGGAAAUGGAAGAGAAAAAUGCUCCAGAUCUCUUCCAAAUGAAUCUGUAAGCUUGGUGAGGUCCUGCUGGCUCAAGUUCAGAAUAGCAAAGGUUAGUUCAGACAAAUCUUGCUGGUAUCAGCCACUAAAAGUAUGCAAAACUGGACAUUGCAUACCAUGGUUCUUACUCAGCUGGCAGCAUCUCUAAGGGCUUUAUUCCUUCUACUGGUGUCUCUUGAAAUAGGUCAUCUUUCUCUCCUUCCACUCAGCUUCAGAGGUGCCAGUCUUGCCUUUUACAGUUCUGCUUCAUUCUUCCCUCCAGCAGCAAGAACUCAGGCAGCAGCAAUGAGCUACCUGGAUGAAGUUCCCUUCCGCACAACCAGCUGCCUCGGCGGGGACAUGGGGGGAGAAACCACUCUCAUCACAGCCCCUGCCAUUGAGCUCCACGACUGCACUGACAUCCUCAUGAGCACCAUGCACGACUUCUCGCUGGAAAGAAAAGUGCUUUACUGGGUUGAGGUGGCCUCUCAGCAGCAAACCUCUCUGCAUCGAGUCACCUCUGAAGUUGUCCCCACAGCUCCACCAUGCUGGCUGCUGCUGGUGGAUCCUGCUGACACCUAUGGCGGGAGAGCACGGGAUGGGCCGGUGCGGCGCAGCAUCAGCCUGAGCGCUGCCCACGACGGCUAUGGGCACACCAAGGGCAGAGCUGCCUUGUCCGACACCGAGAGUGAGACCUGGUGCUCUGAGGAGGAUGAGUACUCAGAGGACGAUGAGUACUCCUCGACCUCCUGGGAAGAGAGUGACAAGGAUGAAAAGGGUUCCAGGAGGAGAAGCAUUGGGAGAAGCGUGCCUCCGCGUCCCUGCUUUUACCUGAACCGACCAAAGACAUCACCUGGCUUGCUGGAGCCCUCACCAGAGAACAGUGACCGCAACGCAGCCAGCCCAGACCCGAGCAAGCAGAGGAGAUCCAUGGUGAUAUUUAACAACAUGAAGAACGAGCUGGAAGCAGCCAGGAGGAAGCUGGCUGCUUUGGUGCAUCCUUUGAACAGAGCUGCCACAGAGAGCAGAGAGCUCCCGGUGCCGCGGCCACUGCCGCCAUGCUCCUGCACCAGAUGCAGCAUCAAGUAUGGGCCAGCCCCGGCCGAAUCCCACCUGGGCACCCAGGUGCCAGCUCCUCCAGCCCCAGCCGUGCCGAUGCCCCCCAUCAAACGGCACAAACCCACGGUGCCGUCCCUCAGCCCCUACGCCUGCCUCCCUCCUGCCUCGGCGCCUACACGACCUCUCAGUUCCCACCGAUCCCAGCCGGACUCCGCAGCUGAUCUGCUCUCGGCGCUGAGCCAGGAGGAGAGAGACCUCAUCGAGCCUGUUAUAGCCUUGGGCUACCCCACCCGCAAAGCCAUCCUCACCCUCCAGAAGACUGGAAGGCAAAGCUUAAGCCAGAUCCUGAGUUACCUGGGUGCCUGUGACCGGCUGCUGAAGCAAGGCUAUGAAGAAGGGCAGGUGGAGGAGGCCAUGGAAAUGUUCCAGUACUCAGAGAAAAAGGCAGCUGAGUUCUUGCGUUUGUUAGCUCAGUUUAAUGAUAUGGGCUUCCAGCAAAAUGAAAUCAAAGAAGUCCUUCUGCUUUGUGGGAAUCAGAGGGAGAAGGCACUGGAAGAGCUCGUGAUGAAAGCCCAGUGAGCAGCAUCCUGGACCCCAGUCACAGCUUCCCCUCUCCAGACUGGACAACUGAAGGAUUUGGGUGGGUUGGCACCUGUUUACCCUUCUGCUGUUCCAUCCCCAGUAGAAGCAGCAGAGCUCAGCAGGCACACAGCACCAGCUUGGUGUCUCAUCUCGCUUUAUGGACAUCCAUCAUAAGCAGAUUUGUCACUGUUCUAAGGCAAAGGCUUAGAGUGUUCAUCUCCACCCACACAUCUCCACCCACUGUAUCUCAGCUGUUUAGAUUAGAGGCAGUAAGACCCAAACUACCUUCAGCUUAGGUUUUGCAGACCUCAAACCACCAUUUUUUCCCUCCAUCUGGGUGAUGAGUGUCAUGUUUUCAACUACAAUCAAAUGUGGAUUCUUAAGAGAUCAUAUAAAUCAGCAGCAGAGAUUGUUGUCAAAACUGAAGGCUCCUGCAGAAACAUUUGUUGGUCCUUGCUUGGGAGGAGUCUCUGACGACUUAGUCAGGGAUGAGCAUUGUAACUGAAAUCCAGUCUGACCACAUUAGCUUCCCCUUUUAAACCAGAAACUGGAGAAAAAUGCACAAUUCACUGAAGGUAAGGAAAGAAAUCAGGCUGCCCUUGCUCUGGAAAUACACAAGGUUUAUCCAGUGUGAGGAUUUAUGUUCAGGGAAUUCCAUCAACAGAGAGACAGAGAACAGCUUGGCUGUCCCUUGUGCUCUGCCCAAAUCAGGACUAUCCAGGGGACUCUUCCCUAAACUGUGGAGACAGUGGCUCCAGAGGAACUUAAGCAUGAAUGUCAGGAUCAGGAAAUUCUGGGUGCCCAGAGGAAUUCUUUGUGUAUAACUGGAGGGCAGAGAAUGGGAGCUUCAGGUCACAUUAUGGGAUGUCUCUUGGCUUGGUGGUGGAGCAGUGGGCAGUGUUUUUACAUAAAAGAAUGUUAGUUUGCUGUGAAUGAGACACAGAUGUACUUGCUUUGAGUAAAGAUGGUUGGAGAGGUUCUUCUGAAAUGCCUUUGUCUCUUUUCCUGUGAAAAUGCCAGCUGGCACAAC